ACCCACAAACAGACCUGGACCGGUUCUGGUGGGUUAUAAUCUAAUUUUCAUUCUUUAGUUUGACGUGAGAAACUGAAGAGAAACUGAAGAAGGACAGACAGACUCAGACUGAGACCUGCAGAGCGUGGUCGGGGGUCUCUAACAAAGGUUUCUCAGCUGUUCUUUAUAGUUUUAGACGUCCUUAAUAACAAACUCAAAGUUCACCAAAGUUCGACCACCAGAAAGGCGUCAUUUUCAAGAUGGCGUCCAUGAUGGUAGGAGGACCGGGGAGACCCUCCAAGUAAACAGGGUGAAAUUUUUAACAAACCGAAAUCACCAAGAAACUUCCCAAGUUUAUAACAUUAAGACAAAUAUUUUUAAUAUCACAAGUUUAGUCAAAUGUUCUGUUUGAAUAUGUAAAUGAGGUCAUAUCUAAUUAAAUCUGCACUAAUUUACAGAAAACUGAACGAUAAAUAAAACCCCUUUAAAUUCAUGUUUUAUUUUGUUGACAGACUAGAGUCAGGGGGGGGGGGCUUUAGAUAUCUCUGUUUAUCUCUCUGUAAAUGAGAAAAUACUGAAAAUACUAAAAAUGGGACACCAGUUGAACUUGUAAUCACUUCUCUAUCAGACAAAUCUGCUCAUUAGAAUAUUAGAUGGUCCAAACACGUAUCAGGCGCCGGUAUUCCUGGUCCAGAAUGAAUAAAAAGUCCUCAGCUCUUCUUCUUCUUCUUCCUAAAAUCUCAGACUCUGAUCAAACUCUCUGGAGAGUGUCCUGCAGCUUCUUCACUAAAGUGACCACAGGUGCUGCUGGUAGUUCUGGUUUUGGUCUGGUCCAGGAUCUCCUCUCUGAAUACGUGUGUGUGUGUGUGUUUGUUUUCAGGGAGAUCUCCUUCACCAGGCAGCUGCAGAAACAGUCCCCCAAACUCACCUACUACUACCUGGGCUUCUACAUCCACUCCUGCCCCAAGAUGCGCUACAAGGUACGCUCUGUCUCCGCCCACCUGUCCAACAGGUGUCUCUGUGCUCCGCUGUGAUAGGAUAAUAACACAGUCAGCAGAUAUCCUAAUAUAGAGACGUACAAACACACACAAACACACACUUUCAAACACACACUGCUGACUCAGCUUCGCCAUGAGGAAAACAGGGACUGCAGGGUCAAAGGUCAUGAAUGGACUCCUUCAGAUUAGUGGUAAAAAUGGUUCAGGUUCAGGUUCUGGUUUAGGUCUUUGUGGGUCUGAGAAAGUCUCUGACUCUGUGUGUGUGUGGGGGGGGGUAAACAAACAGGACAGGUGUUUGUUCUCAUCUCCUCAUCCUCUAAUCUCCUCAUCUCCUCAUCCUCUCAUCUCCUCACCCUCUCAUCUCCUCAUCCUCUCAUCUCCUCAUCCUCUCAUCUCCUCAUCUCCUCAUCCUCUCAUCUCCUCAUCUCCUCAUCUCCUCAUCCUCUCAUCUCCUCAUCUCCUCAUCCUCUCAUCUACUCAUCUCCUCAUCCUCUCAUCUCCUCAUCCUCUCAUCUACUCAUCUCCUCAUCCUCUCAUCUCCUCAUCUCCUCAUCCUCUAAUCUCCUCACCCUCUCAUCUCCUCAUCCUCUCAUCUCCUCAUCUCCUCAUCCUCUCAUCUCCUCAUCUCCUCAUCUCCUCAUCCUCUCAUUUCCUCAUCCUCUCAUCUCCUCACCCUCUCACCCUCUCAUCUCCUCAUCCUCUCAUUUCCUCAUCCUCUCAUCUCCUCACCCUCUCACCCUCUCAUCUCCUCAUCCUCUCAUUUCCUCAUCCUCUCAUCUCCUCACCCUCUCACCCUCUCAUCUCCUCAUCCUCUCAUCUCCUCACCCUCUCAUCCUCAGUGAACUCCCUCAUUAGUUGGUCUCAUGUCUCAGUUUCUCCUUUUUCCUUUUACAACUUGUUUUGUGUGUGUGUGUGUGUGUGUGUGUGUGUGUGUGUGUGUGUUGAAUCUGGAUCACAUGGUUACCCCGGUAUCAAACCCCCCCGCAGAGGUAUUUACCCCCCCACCCCCUCGUGUAUCUGUAGCCCCCCCACUUCUUCCUAUUUGACCCUUUUUCUUUUGGUGUGUGUGUGUGUGUGUGUGUGUGUGUGUGUGUGUGUGUGUGUGUGUGUGUGUGUGUGUGUGUGUGUGUAUGUGUGUGUGUUGGGGGGGUACAGAGGAAGGGUUCGAAGGUUGCCCAGUUCCCACCUCUCUGCUCUCUCUCUCUCCCACAGAAACUCGCCCCCCUGCUCUAACACACCCUCAGCACAUGAUCGCUGUCUCACUCUCUAUUGUCUGAUUAACAUACGAGUUAGUUCAUUAACACGCACACACACACACACACACACACACACACACACACACACACACUCACAUACGGGGGGGUCUCAGGGACGAGGAGCCCCUAAACUCUUCUGGCUGUUCUUGUUUUAGAGGUUUAAAGAUUCUGGAUCUGGGUCCUGCUGCUGGACUCUUUAGGGACCCAAACAGGAACACUUGAACCCUGCUGGACUCCAUUCAGACUGAUCCAACACCUCCACCUCCUCCUCCACCUCCCCCUCUUUCCACCUCCUCCGCCUCCUCCUGCAGCAGCUUCUGUUUGUGUUUUUAUUUUGGACUCACCUCUCUUCUCCGCUCUCAAUAAUAACAAUAAUAAUAAUAAUGAUAAUAAUAAUGAUAAUAAUGAUAAUGAUAAUAAUAAUAAUAAUAAUAAUAAUAAUGAUAAUAGUAAUAAUAAUAAUAAUAAUAAUAAUGAUAAUAAUAAUAAUAAUAAUAAUACUGAUAAUAAUAAUAAUAAUGAUAAUAAUAAGAAUAAUAAUAAUGAUAAUAAUAAUAAUAAUAAUAAUAAUGAUAAUAAUAAUAAUAAUAAUGAUCAUAAUAAUAAUCAUGAUAAUAAUAAUAAUGAUAAUAAUAAUAAUAAUAAUAAUGAUAAUAAUAAUAAUAAUAAUAAUGAUAAUAAUAAUAAUAAUAAUAAUAAUGAUAAUAAUAAUAAUGAUAAUAAUAAUAAUAAUAAUAAUAAUAAUGAUAAUAAUAAUAAUGAUAAUAAUAAUAAUAAUAAUAAUAAUAAUAAUAAUAAUAAUAAUAAUAAUGAUAAUAAUAAUAAUAAUGAUAAUAAUUUUUGUUAUUUUUUUGUUACAUUUUGUUAUAAAGUUCAUAGAAAAAGAUAAAAACAAAAAUAUUAGUAAAAACGGACUUAAAGGUCAUUUUCCUCUCCUCCUCCUCCUCUCUCCUCCUCUCCUCCUCUCCUCCUCCUCUCCUCCUCUCUGCCAGUCCACGUCUCUGAGCUUCAUAUAUGUGUGUGUGUGUGUGUGUGUGUGUGUGUGUGUUGGGGGGUGUUUAGAGUGCCAGACCCUGUUCUUGGUCCUGGAGAGCCCCCUUUGAGGGUCCUAGAAGACUUGGAGUCCAGCCCAGAACAGAGGUCUGCCUGGCCGGUGUCAGACCCUGGUUUUUGUUCUGGGAUCUGGGUCAGGGGGGGUCCCACAGAGCCGGACUGGUUUGGCUGCUGGUUCCAGGUUCAGACGUGACAUCCUGGCCCUGGCUCCUGUUCCCGGUCCUGGGACCCUCCCUGCUCCUCUGAUGUGGGUCUGCAGAGACCAGGAGGUGAAGCUGUAGGAGGACUAAAUGAGGGCAGGGGUCUGGGACCCUCUGACACCCCCCCCCUUUGUUCUCAGUGGAUCUGAAAGUCUCUGAAAUAAGAGUUCAGGAUCUCAGAGAGUCCAGGACCAGGGUCCUCAUUGAUCAGCCUGUACUUGAUCUCAGGAUCCAACUCUGAGCACGCUGACACACAAACAAACCCUAGUGGUCGAACAGUGAAACUACAACUAGAACCAUUAAAGGAGUCACAGCGUUCAGGAAUCUCAGACUUCACACAUGUUCUCUGUUCACUCUGUACAAAACUGAUCAAUCAGUUAUUGAUCAGACAUUUUCAAUGAUCGGAGUGACAAACUAUAAAAUCAGCUGAGAGAGGACAACCUCAGAGGAAGUCUGACAAACACAAACACAAGUAUCACAGUUUAGUUUGUUCUAUCGGAGGACUUGGAGAAGCGUCUGCUCCUCCUCCUCCUCCUCCUCCUCCUCCUCUGAGGAGCGCUGACAGGGUGAGAGCCUGAGGGGUCAGAGGUCAGGAGGUCAGGUGGGGGGGUUAGACUGAGUGUGUGUGGAGGUGUGAAGGUCAGAGUUGGUGUCAGUCUGAGCAGAUCCAGAUCACAGAGAGGGGACGGUCCAGGACCAGGACCAGGGGAGGCCAGAACCUUUAUUCUGAAGACCAGAGAGCGGACUGGAAUAAGACUGUGGAGACGGGUCACGGUCCAGGCUCUGAACCGUCUCCUCGCUCUGAAGUUCAUGUUUUCUAUGAUUGACACCUGAUACAGCCAAUGGGAGGACAGAGAUUGAGUAGAUCACCGGGGGAUACGCUGUUUGAGCCGAGCGUCAUCACAGAGACUCUCCUGCUGAACAUGAACAACGCUACUGAACAACGUUGGUUUCAGGAAGUGGAGAAACAAACGCAGAAUUACCGAGAACUUUUCAGCUUCAAGUCUGUAUGAAGAGGCGGGACCAAGUGGUCCAGAGUAAAUACACAGUCUGUGGUCGACGCUCAGAAAGUUCUGCUGUUAGUUCUGAAGACUCACUAGAAACCCGAUCCUGUAAAAAUAUUUUCUCCUCAUUAACCUGUCAUCCACGAGGACGUGACGCAGAGCCGCCAUGGCGAGGGAGGGAGGGAGGGAGGGAGGGAAACAUGGAGGGGCCCAACUGGAGGGAGUUUUAUCUGAGGGCCGUUCUGUGGUUAGAGGGGGGGGAGAGAGAGAGAGAGAGAGAGAGAGAAAGAGAGAGAGAGAGAGAGAGAGAGAGAGAGAGAGAGAGAGAGAGAGAGAGAGAGAGAAAGAGAGAGAGAGAGAAAGAGAGAGAGAGGGAGAGAGAGAAAGAAAGAGAGAGGGAGAGAGAGGGAGAGGGAGAGAAAGAGAGAGAGAGAGAGAGGGAGAGGGAGAGGGAAAAGCAGCAGUUAGAGCACAGCUACACACACACACUCACACCGAUGUACCAUGCUG